AUGAUAGCAAGAUGUGCCGAUGUCCGCGUGAGAUGUCCAGCCGGUCGUCAUUGUGAAGAUACCCCGACAGGAAUCACCUGCGCUCCUGAUCCAGGUGAUGUAUGCUUAAGGCCGGAGGAGUGCCCUCAACGGCAAGGAAUGGCGACUAGCACAAGAAGCUACGUUGACGAACCUUUUACUCCAACCCCUUCCGGUUGCGAUCUGUUUUUGGUACGAAUCUUGUGCAUACCUGGAUAUCACUGUGAAGUGAUUGGUGGCGCACCAACAUGCGUACCUGACCGGUCACCACCGUCAGAGCAAUUAGCGUGUGCAAGACUGAAUUGUCCUGCCAAUCAGCACUGCGAGUUUUAUGAAGGUGGAGUUGUGGAGUGCGCCCCGAACCCAGGACCUUGUGCGGGAGUUUCCUGCGUUAAUAGUACCUGCGUUGAAUACGGCAACACAAUUGGAUGCUUCAAUACAAAUUGUGGCCAAAAUGAGGAAUUCAGAUCAUGCGCCACAUGCGAGCCGACCUGUGGCCUAGCAGUGCCUUGCGUUCCCAUUUGCCUAACACCAGCAUGUCAGUGUAUCACUGGUUACGUACGUGAUCAAGGAAAGUGUAUCGAAGGCAGCACUUGCCCACGCGUGAAGACAUAA